AUGGCGGAAGCAGUCAUCUUUGGAGGAUCGCCACUCGAUCAGUACCUGCGAGAUGCCGACCAGACAGAGGAGCAAGCGUUGGUCAACGACGCCGCGAGUGUCGUCGAAACACAGGAGCCCGUAUAUACAGAACGACAACCGAUCGACGUCAGCAACGCCAGCUUCAUCGAAAAGUUCAAGUACGCAAUCUGCUCGUCCUUUCUGCUCACUCCCAGCCUCUCCAUAUCGUUCUACGAGAGCGGUCCGCCAUUUCAGAACCCCGACACCAAGCAGAAGGGAGCUGUCCGCGACAAGCAGCCAUCCAACGGGACUCGACGCAGUCGUUCCGAAAGGCAAGCAUCCCGAAAGCAGUGCUUCGUCAAGCCAUCCGAAGCAUCACCGGCCAUCAUCGAAGCGCUUGACGCCUGGACUCAGAAACGCCUUCCUCGACUCGACGCGCAAGGGCGACUGGCUCGCAAUGCAGCCUUAGUGUCCGCUCUGUUCCUUCUUCCACCCAUCAGCAGGUCAUGGCGGCUCUGGCUGGCGACCUUCGUCAUCGUGGCUUCCUUCGUCUGGGCCUUCGUCCUUCUGUUCGAUCACAGCUCCUUGGAUGACACUCUCGAAUUCGUCGUUUCGCGCCAAGCCGGCCACAGCGCCGCAGCUUCAACCAAAUCGCUGCGAAAGCUUUCCACUACGCUCGAAUACAGCUCAGCAGAAAAGAAGGCUCUGCAACGCGCCGUCCUCCCGGACGUAUCACGCCUCAUCAAAGCUGCUCAGAGCUUUGACGUGUCCAUCAAUAAGGCCAUCAGUGCCAUUCAAGAAGUCGAGAUUGUCUCGCGCGGCUACAAACUCACGCAUCCCCUGCCACCCAUCUCGAGGAUCGAGGCCGCCUCCAGCUCGAGUCGCGUGGAUUCACCUACUCGAUCACGCCGCUCUCUGAUCCCCUCAGCGCCGUCAGCAAACGCCAAGCUUGGACGCUCGCUCUCGGGCGGCGGACACGGCGCCCCGACCGUCCGUAGGCACGCGUAUCGCCCACUAUCCCUCAACUUGUCGAAUGGCCGCUUUUCUCCUCUGGAUAGGCCGUCGGGCCGUGUUUCGCCGGCCGUCUCAUCCGAGGUUGGAGAUCUGGAUCUCACGCAAAAGAUGCUCGUCGAGCAAAGCACGGCUGCCUUGGCGACAGGCCGACAGGCGCCACAGAGACUCGUCGAGCUGCGCAAGGGCAUUGUCGACGCACUCGAGCAAGUCGGUGCCCGCUGCACCUCGUCUACAUUGUCUCUAGAGACGCUUACUGAUGCGGAGGAGUUGGCCAUGCUCCACGACCUCUACGCAUUGGAUGCAGCCCCGCAGGACGGAACAGACGUUGAUGCUCAACAAGCUUGGUUCGAUCGCGAAACACUAGCUCUGUCGGAGGGCUCGCCCGAUCCGGAGCACGAUCGCAGAGCCUGGUCGGCAACAACGCCUCGCAAUUUCGGCAGGGACGGCCGCUCGGCAACCAGCCCGCAAACCGUCCCCGUCAAUUCCAAACGGUUGUCGCUCGUGUCCGACGCGAGCUCGAUUCAGGACCGGCAUCCGCGCACAUCUUCCUCUCUGUCUCGCCGCAGCAGCCUGACCUCCGAAACGGGCAAUGUCGGUAGCUUCCGAUCUCCUAGGCUCCAUUAUGUGUCGGAUCGGUCGACAUCAGCGUCGGGUCCGAACGAGUCCGCCGCGGCCAAGCGUCUCAGCUAUGCAUCCAAUUCCACCUCCUCUGCCGCCACGGGCUUGUUCGAAGUUCGCUCCCCCGUCAUGCGUAAUACUUCGAACUUCUCGUCGCUCUUCACGCCACCUCAUUCUUCCACACGGACUUAUUCGGGCGCAACCAGUCCGCAAUCAAAGGCGAUCAAGCGCGGCUCCAUCCUUGGGUCCAACUCAAUCUUUGCGCACAUGGAGCCCUCGGCAUCGAGCAACCCGGCGUCAAGCCAGCCUUUGUCGCUGCUGACCAUCAAGGCCAAGUUCGAAUGGAUGCACAGAGCUCGACGACGCUGGCUCUGCCAUCUCCUCGCCCUUCACCUCCGUAUGAGCGAGCAGGUACGGCUUUCCAGCGGCGACACAUUGCCUUGCGACGAUUACUGGAUCGCUGCGCGCUCAACGAUUGAGUCGAUGGCAGCGACAUUGCUCGACAACACUCGACAGAUCACAGCAAUGAUCGCAAGAGAUAUGGGUCCAGCGUCGCUGCAGACUUCGAUAGACGAGAGAAGAGUCACACAGCAGAGCGAGCUCUUGACCGUGUCCAACAGCGAGGCUGACGCGGGCUCGCUCGCCGGGCAUCCUGGCAUCGAAGAUCGGCUCCACGCCAUGAUGCUGUCGCUGCGCUCCUUGCAGUCCAAAAUCCGCGUUUGCGCUGAGGAUAUUCGCAUCAAGCCGAUCCCCGGUCUGCACGGCGUCGAGCCAUCACAGGCUGUUGCAACAUUCGAGAAGGAAAGUGACGAUGCCGCCAUCGCAUCUCAGCUCGGAGCAACCCUCGAGUCCAUGCGCGACGACUUUGUCGGCUUGUCGGCUGAAUGGGAGGCGACCAUCAAGCUUGUCUACAAGGAGAAGCGCAGGUCGCCGAGUCCGCAACCGAGCAUCGAUCUCGAAGCAGAUGCGUCCGCUUCGAGUGCCGCGCGCGAUCUUGUGUCUCCGCUCGAGGCAGAUGAGGACGACAUUCAUCCGCUGCGGACCAACGGGAGCAGUGACAGUGGCCUUCCUGCUUCGGAUGGACAAGCUCAGGAUGCCACGCUUGGCAAUGCAAGCGACAACGAGGACGAUGAAGACCUUGCAGCGCUGCUAUUGAGCUCUACAUCGCCCAACUCCUUGCCGCCUCCAGGCUUGGAACAGGUGUUCGAGAGCAUCGCCGGCAUGGCCGGACUGUCUGCACUCAGCGCUGACGGACGCAAGCUCAGCAGAACAGAGCGAAUCGAUCAGGCCCGUCGACAGAGGCAGGAGCAACAGGACAGGCAAGCUAGCGAGGUUGCACCGCAUCGACACUCGAUGGACCCAUCGGGCAUGAUGUCCGAGCUGAACGAUGUCAUCUCGUCCCGCAAAGCCGUUCGGGAGCAGCGUCAUCAGUCCGCGAUGCCGUUUUCAGCCCCUCCAGCUGUCUCUUCGGCAGCGCAAUCGGCAUCUGCACCAUCAAGCGGAGCGCCUCCAGCUUUGGUACUGGGUUCGCCGCUCGACCUCGGCUCGGCAGAGCACGAUGGCGUCUUUGAUGCGUCUCACUCUUUCAAUGAUGCAAAGGCGAUGCCAAGACGUUCCCUCUCAUCGCUUGAUCUCGCUCGUGCUCGGGCGAUGCAGGCUCUCGAAGCACGAUCUUCCUCCGCUUCAUCGUCGGCAUCCAACUCGCUCGACAGUGGCGACGAGAGCAUGCUCAGUGUAUCCGACGACUUUUCGUUUGAGCCCACAGCGCUCGAGUCGGUGCCGGAAGAUGAUGCGGCGGCGACCGCUUCCAUUCUGCCCUCGCCUCACUGGGAGUCGACGUCGAGCAAGGCCACGCCGAAAGCAUCGCAGGCGCCGCUGUUCAGCUCCACUGCAACAGCCGUGCCAGAGAGCCCGUUCGAUCUGGGGGCGCAGGUGGCGGCGUAUGCGCGCAGGAAGAAGGCGGCCAAGGCGCAGGCGGCGGCAAUGCAGGCUUCGGGCUCCGAGUCGAGUGUCGCUUCGCAGGCGUCGCAGUGA